AUGUAUGCUAGAUGUGGAAACCUCGAUGCAGCUAAGUCAGUUUUUGAUACAAUUCAGGGAAGAGAUGUCAUAGCUUGGGGUUCCAUGGGCGCUUGCCAAAAUAGGAAAUUUAAGGAGGCUUUGGAUUUGUUCAAAGCAAUGGAGGUUGAACGAUUGGAGCCAGAUUCCACCAUUAUGGUGAGUAUAAUCAAUGCCUACACGGGUCUAGAGAGUGCAAAGUUGGGGUUUCAGAUCCACGGGCACGUUAUUAAGAGUGGAAAUGGAUUGGAUGUGUAUAUCAAUUAUGCUUUGUUAGAUAUGCAUGCGAAAUUUGGGUUACCAGAGUUGGCUGGUGCUUGGAUGAAGCAUAUAAUUUCAUUGAGAGCAUGCCGGGCAAACUUGACGAGUGUUUGGUUGUGUUUCUUGAGUUCAUGUAGAGCUCAUCGUCAGUUAGAGCUGGGAGAGUUAGCGGCCAUUUGUCUUCUCAAACUAGAUCCAGAAAGAAGAGGAAACUAUGUGCAGCUACUAAAUUUAUAUGGAGAGGCCGGAUUGUGGGAAAAGGCAGCUGAUUUGAGGGCAUUGAUGAAAGAAAGAAGAUUGAAGAAGAGUCCUGGAUGUAGUUGGAUUGAGGUGAAAGAUAGGGUUGAUGUAUUCUCUUCUAGGGAUUCCUCCUCUCCAUGGACGGUAGAAAUCCAUGCUACAUCGAAGAGUCUUAAGAGAAUCAUGGAUGAUGGUUGUCAUGAAAUUAUCUCCAUUUUAAGUCCAAAAACUAGGAAAGCAAAGAAGAGUCUUGGAUGCAAUUGGGCUGAGGUGAAAGAUGGAGCUCAUAUAUUCACACUUCCGGGGAUUCAUCCUCUCCGUGGAUGGAAGAAAUCCAUGCUACAUUGA